GCUUGAAUUGUCUCGCACUAACGGAGCUGCUGCUCUGGGAAGCUUCACACGAGAGAAAAGGAACACGAGCUGUGACCAAAGCAGUCUCGAUUUUAGAUCCUGUUUUGUAGGCUCACCGACGGAAACUCAUGCUACCGCCUUCCUGAGCGCGAAGGGCUUCGUUUAUUUUUAUUUUUUUUGUUUUUAUUCUUGAUAGUUUUUGCUUUAACCACCCAGCUUUGUCCGUCGCAGUCACGGUUGUGGUGGGGUUGCUGAUUUUUUUAUUUACUAAUCGUUGUGGAAUAUGGCUCAGCAUGGACAUCCUUAUGUAGCCAGUUCACAAAAAGCACUAUUGCUGGAGAUGAAAAGUCUCCAAGAGGAGCCAGUCGAAGGAUUUAAGAUAACUUUGGUGGACGAGUCGGACUUGUACAACUGGGAAGUAGCGAUUUUCGGACCCCCCAACACUCACUACGAGGGUGGCUAUUUUAAGGCUCGGCUCAAGUUUCCUGUUGACUACCCUUACGCUCCACCUACUUUACGCUUCCUCACCAAAAUGUGGCAUCCCAACAUCUAUGAGAAUGGGGAUGUGUGUAUCUCUAUCCUGCAUCCACCAGUGGACGAUCCACAGAGUGGAGAGCUGCCUUCAGAGAGGUGGAACCCCACCCAGAAUGUCAGGACCAUCCUGCUCAGUGUCAUCUCUCUGCUGAAUGAACCAAACACAUCUUCCCCAGCCAAUGUGGAUGCAUCUGUCAUGUACCGCAAGUGGAGGGAGAGCAAGGGCAAAGACGGAGAAUACAUCGAGAUUAUAAGGAAGCAGGUGCUGGCUACCAAAGAUGACGCAAAGCGGGACGGCGUCAAUGUUCCCGUCACGUUGGCUGAAUACUGCGUCCGCACCAAACUUCCCCCAACAGAUCACGGCUCCAACCUUUUAUGCGACGACCCCUGUGACUCCUAUAACUCGGAUGACGAAGACGAGCUGGAUGAAGACGACGACGACGAUGAUGACAUUGAGGGCCAUUUCUAUGACGACAACGACUCUGGCACUGAGGAUUCCUGACCGUGUGGCGUCAUCCACCUCCUCUCCCACCCCUGACCAGUUUCCACCUACACACACGCCUCCCCUCUUCUGUCACAGAUUAGACUUUAACUCCUCCACCUUCUGUUGCGUACAGUCACGGUAUGCACACUAAAACCUGAUUCUGUGAGGAAAAGAAAGCUGCAGAGUUGUUUUUGAUUGUUUCAUACAUUAUAUAUAUUUUUUUCAUUUGUUGUAAGAGUAGAAGUUAGACACAAGAUGAACACAAACA